GAGGGACGGCUGGUUGCCAUGGGUUCGCUUCCGGCGCUGCCUGGCGGAAGUGGCUGGAAUUCUGCUGCUGGCUGCCGUUUGCUGCCGUUGCCCUCGGGGCAUGGUGACUGAGGCCAGAACAAUUGGCGACGCAGUGUUGUGCCUCUGGCCAGGGAAUCCUACUGGGAUUGUUUAAAUCCAGCAAGAACUUGUGUCUUUUUUGAGAUUGUGUCAAAAAAAGAAUCUACAGUGGUAAGAGAUGUGGAACCAGGCUUAAGGACAACUGAGAAGAACAGCUAGACACUGAGGACAAUGAGAGUGCUGUGCUCCGUGGGUUUUCUGUAGCGGAGUUUAUGAUCAAUUGUGAAGACUGAACUUCCCCUCUGUGAAAUGGAAGAUUCCACACAAGCCUUUAAAAAGACUUGAAGGGGAUUAUCCUGGCACCAGAAGACCAUGCUGCCAUUCAUUUUAGUGGUGGCUAAGGCUGCAGGAACAUUUCACCCCUACCUUUGAGCAUAGUGGGGUCUGUGUAGGAAAUUGAAGAAAGAAGACAUUUUCUGGCUUGUCUCCCUCUACUGUUUCUUCAAGGUGGAGUCUUUGAAGGGGGAGGGGGGUGCCAAGAGACCCCCCUCCCCCAGGAGAGAAGAACAUUAGGCUGGCCACCCUAUAUCUAUGGCAAUAUGACACCUUCCAGGUGACUUCAGGAGUCUUGAGUCUUUCACAAAGUGGAUAUAACGUCUGCACACAUGUCAUCAUGGGAGUUGUCUUACACGCUAUACUUGCGUUUAAAAAUAUAAGGAGCUUUUUGUGCCUGCUUCUGAGAAAAAGGUCCAUGGUGGUAUUGUGACACCCAUCGGAGGGGAAAGCGAGCACGAGAAGACAGGGUGGGGGCCUGCGCCUGUGAAGGAUGCUGAAGAAAAGCAACCUGGUUCUCUGGGGCGUGGUGCUUUUUGUGGCCUGGAACGCCCUGAUCCUCUUCUUCCUGUGGACUCGGCCUCAGUCCUCCUCUGACCACAGCCGCCUCACUGAAGAGGUCAUCCGACUGGCCCAGGACGCAGAGGUGGAGCUGGAGCGCCAGAAGGACCUCCUGCAUCAAAUCUACCGCUACAGCGCCCUCUGGAACAGGAGGAAGGCUACCGAAGCCAAAAGGCUCCACCUCUCGGUUGCAUCCUCUGCCCUGCCUUCAACAGCUGCCCCCUUGCCCCGCCGCAGCCAAAUCUCUCCAGACGCCGUCUUGCCAGUGCUGGUGAUUGCCUGCGACCGCAGCACGGUCCGCCGUUGCCUCGACAAGCUGCUGCAUUACCGCCCCUCCAAGGAGCGCUUCCCCAUCAUCGUGAGCCAGGACUGCGGACACGAGGAGACCGCCAGGGUCAUCGCCUCCUAUGGAGACGCCAUCAUGCACAUCAAGCAGCCCAACCUGAGCGACAUCCCUGUGCCCACCGACCACCGCAAGUUCCAAGGCUACUACAAGAUCGCCCGGCACUAUCGCUGGGCCCUGAGCCAGGUUUUCCGGAACUUCAAGUACCAGGCGGCCAUUGUGGUGGAAGAUGACCUGGAAGUCGCUCCAGACUUCUUUGAAUACUUCCAGGCCGCUUUUCCGCUCCUGCUAGCCGACCCCACCCUUUGGUGUCUCUCCGCCUGGAACGACAACGGCAAGGAGCAGAUGGUGGAUGCCAGCCACCCAGAGCUCCUCUACCGUACGGAUUUUUUCCCCGGGCUGGGCUGGCUUCUGCUGUCCGACCUGUGGGACGAGCUGGAGCCCAAGUGGCCCAAGGCCUUCUGGGAUGAUUGGAUGCGACACCCUGAGCAACGGCAGGGCCGUUCGUGCAUCAGGCCCGAAGUGUCGCGUACCAUGACUUUUGGCCGCAAGGGCGUGAGCCACGGUCAGUUCUUUGACCAGUACCUGAAGUUCAUCAAGCUCAACGACCGCUUCGUGCCUUUCACCCAGAUGGACCUCUCUUACCUCAAGAAAGAUGAGUACGAGCGCUCAUUCCUAGCCCAGGUCUACGGGGCCCCUGAGCUACGGGUCGAGGAGCUGCAGGGUAACCAGCGCCGGGAGCUGGGCACUGUCCGAGUGCAGUACACCACUCGCGACUCCUUCAAGGCCUUCGCCAAGGCCUUAGGGGUCAUGGACGACCUCAAGUCCGGAGUGCCCCGUGCCGGCUACCAGGGCAUCGUCAGCUUCCUCUUCAGAGGCCGCCGCGUUUACUUAGCUCCUCCUUCAGACUGGACAGGCUACGACCCUAGCUGGAGUUAGCAUCUGAUGACCCUUAAGCAUGUUGGACCCUGUUGUCAAAGGGGUGCUUGGAGUUGGGAGUGGGGAGCGGGGACAAAAUUCUGUAUUUUUCUUUUCCUGUGUGGCAUUCGAGUGCAUUCCAGGGAUGAGGGUGGUUUUGUGCACUUAAAAUUAUGGGGUAGGAGGGGCGGGGUUGCGGGGGUUAUUCCGAUGCCCCAAAGAGGGGGUGAGGUGGAGCGUUCCGAGUGCUCUCUCCAUUCUACCCUCCAGUGCCUAUUCUCCUUUUUUUUU